ACCACACGCGCGCGCGCGCACACAUACAUGAUGCGCGCGCGUGUGCACACAGAAACAAAAUAAUAGUCAUAGAUCUGUCGAUAUUUAUAGCACCAAGUUGGUCUUGUGCGCCUCGCCCCACCUCGUGACUGAGUCAGCGAGUGUGUAGUUUUAGUAGUGUAGCUAGGGCUCUGCUCGGUCGGUCCGUUCUUGGGUGUACUCCCGUGUCGCUUGUGUGUCCCUCCCGCGCUGUGUGUCCCCAGUCCCCGUGGUGUGUCCCGCUCUAGGAGGGUGUGGAGUACGUUCGGGUGUCGGUCUAGAUGUAGCGCAGGCCUUGGGAGUUGAGUUGACACCAGCUGUCGCAAGACACAGGUGCGUCUGCUGUUUGCCCGCAAGCCUGUGUUACUCUCUGUACCGAUGGAGUGUCGCUGAUCGCUGAACUGAACAUGUCAUCUGUGCUCCGUUAACUCUGGGACAGUUCCUGCUGUGUACUGUAGGCCUAUUGCUCUGCUGGCAACCGGCAUUUUUUUUGCCUCUGAAUGAUUCUGCAAGGGCCUGGAGUAGUCUCUUACCAAUUUUACUUAUCUGAUGGGAUGUUGAUAUUAUAUGAAGGUCCAGUGGACUUCAGUACAAAUUGCCAAGAGUGUGAUUGUUGAAGGUUGAAAUUAAAUUGAACUUCGUUUUAUGGUAUUGUGCUGUAAGCAUUGAGGGAUUAAGUCGCGUGGGAGAAAUUUCGUGCAGGAUCACUGUUUCAAGGCAAGUUUCGUUUUGUGUUGUCUUGUGACUCAGUUGCUGGUGACAUUUUCAACCUGUGAGGCUGAAUCACACGGAACUUUAUUUGUUGUGUGGAAAAAAUUGCUUGCGAUAUGUGCUCACUGCAUAAGUGGAACCAUGGCAGAGGCUAACGGGGACAAAACCACAAUUGUUGAGAAGGAUCCGGAUAAUGCUGUCAGCGGAAAGCGGAGCUCAGUGUCGGCGCAGAAUUCACGGAACAUUGAGGACUAUGAGUCCAUAAGUGGACCAAUCAGCUACAACAGCUUUUCCCAUGACCCUCAGUUUGGGGCCAUUGUGCGGGAGGGAGAGGUGGCCAUUGAUGCAGGGAUUGAACCUAAACUGAGUGCCAAGGGUACAAGUGGCUGUUACUUUGUGAAGAACAAAGAUCAGAUUGGCUCGUUCCAGCUGUUUGUCAACAGCUACAAGGAUGCCGACUACUGGCUACGUCGAUUUGACAACGAGGCUCUUCCUGAGUCCACAGCCAAACACUUCCAGCACUUGUUCGAGAGAGUGGUCGUCCUGGAUUACAUCAUCCGGAACACAGACCGCGGCAAUGACAACUGGUUGAUACGCUAUGAACCUGCUCGGGCCAACAUUGCAGACUCCAGCCGGGAGGAGGCUGAGGACUCGGAGUGGAGUAUGGUGAGCAACCCGGAGAUCUCUGUAGCUGCCAUUGACAAUGGGCUGGCCUUCCCCUUCAAACAUCCUGACGAGUGGAGGGCCUAUCCAUACCACUGGGCCUGGUUACCACAGGCUAAGGUUCCAUUCUCAUCAGAAAUACAAGAGCUGCUAAUCCCUUCCCUCAACGAUAUGAACUUUGUGCAGGACCUCUGUGAUGACCUCUAUGACUUGUUCAAGAAUGACAAAGGCUUCGACCGACACACCUAUGAGAAACAGAUGUCUGUGAUGCGAGGCCAGAUUCUCAACCUGCACCAGGCCUUGAAGGACGGCAAGUCUCCGGUCCAGCUGGUCCAGAUGCCUGUGGUGACGGUGGAGAGGAACAAGUCUGUGGUGGGCCGCACCCGAGCAGACAGCGAGAUCUUCACGCAGAGCUUCUCUCACCGGGCCCCGUUCUUCUCUUGGUGCUGAGAUGUGCAUGUGUGACACAUGUGUACAGUGGUGUGCACCUGAUGUGUACGUGUCGAUGUGUGUGUGAUGCGCAUUAUAAUGUGUGCAUGGCUCCUGUAUUGGUAUGUGCAUAACAGGUGUAUAUUGGUGCAACUGCUGCAUUGAGGCCAUGUCCAUGCUGGUCAGUGCUUGACCCAUGACUUGCAUGAUGUAGAAGUUGUGCUCUGGGUCCUGUCAGAUAUGUAUGUAGUCUGGCAUGCACAUUGCGAAAUUGGGGGGUCAUGGAAAUCUGUUCAUUAUGUACAAAUUUUGCUGUUGACAUAUUUUAAUAUAAAGGAAAUAAAUGUUUAAGACAAAAUUUGAAACUUGAAAAUUUGUUCACAAUGUACUUGUUUCGCAAUGUGCAUGCUAGACUGUACCUUAAUGGCAUGCUGUCCGACACGGUUUUAUCAGUGCGUUUCGGUCUCCAGCACUUAUGUUGCCUUUCCCUCUUUUUUUUUUUUUUCCUUUUCGCUGGAUGAUCGACAGCUACCUAUCUAACGAGGGUGAUUCCAAGAUUCGGUAUUGCCCACAUGUGCAAUAAUUUGGUAUUAAGAAAGCUCCUACCUGGAGCAUAUUUGGGAGGUUUUCUUUUAGCUGUCUGCUCCUCUGUCAUGGAGUGUGGGAUUAUUUCCUUAACUAGAAUGGCAUCUAUUAGGGAAUUAUUAAUUAGCUCACUAUAAUAGCAUGGAUAACUUUGUCUCCUGAAAUUCAUUUGUUCGGGAAUAAUUUUUUAAGAUACACUUUUGUUUUAUGUAGAAUAAGCAGCUAAUUUGUUCUCCUCACUGGAGUCUGGGAAUAACUUGUUCUCUACAAGAAGACCAGAGUUGUUUUUUUACCGUGGUGGAUUCUCGGAAUAAUGUUAACGCCAAAAUGAGAGUCUUGGAAUAACUUGUUCUUCGUUUAACUAUUAACGUCUGUCUUGGGAAUAAUUUGCCUACAACUGCUAGGUUUGUUGGGGGAAAAUCCCUCCUCCAUUGUCAGCAUCUGUUUUGGAAUAUUUGGUUUUUGUUUUACAUUGCAUGACUUAGAAAAUGUUUGCUCAGACUGGGUUUGGGGAAAACUGUUCACCACAAUCGAAUCUGGAAAUCAUUUGCUGUCUUGAAUCUAAAAAAAUAAAUAAUUUGUUGACACUAAAAGGAUCUGGUAAUAAUCUGUUCGCCGUUAUGGAAUUUGGGGAUGAUCUUGGUAAAAAUGCGAGUUGCAAUGAAGAUGACAGUGACAGUAGUGUAUGCAUCAGCAAGGAUGGUUUUGCUUAUGGUUAUGAUGGGUGCUUUUGUGGUGAUGAUGGGAACAUGAUUUACUGAUUGUACAAUGAUAGGUACAUGUACGUUUGAUUGACAAUUGAAGUAUGUGUAAAAUGAUUGAGGAUUGAUGUGCUAGUUGGCUAAUCCAUGAUACACCAACACAUGAUCUGUUUGGAUGAUGUGUGUAAGUGUGUGUGUUUGUCUGUGUGCUAUUGUAAAAAACAUGAGAGUGUACUGCAAAGUUUGACCUUUUUUUUUCUCAUCUAAUUUAUGGAAAGAUUUUAUCUUAACAUUUAUUUAUUUUGUCAUGGCGGGUCUCGGCAGGGAGACAUCUCAUUGCUUGUGCCUGGCUCACUGUGUGUGCCACUUUUAGCCGACUUGCCAUACCAGACAUGAUGUAUACACCACAGUCGAUGAUGUGUGCUCAUCAGUUGAUGAUGCCGCACUCAGGUGUGGACAGAAUGUGUACACAAGAGCUGCUGAUGUCACAUACAUGUGUGUACAUUUGUGUGCCACCAGCAGCUGUUUGGAGCUGGUGGAGAAAACUUGUUUCUAUAUAUGUAUUUAUGCCUUGAGAUUGGAAAGGUGGCUGUAGUGGGACACUGCUUGACGUUGCACCCAGUUCAGUAUGUCAUUGGUCUACGACGCGUUGCCAUGGCGACUGUCUGUCAAGUAUUGAUCUAUCCUGUGUUGCCAGAUUGCAUUUCUAUUUCUCCUAAUCCUGUGGAUCAGAUUUCCUAUUCCUACAUUUUCACUUUGUGCUCCAGACUUUUUUGUACAUUUUGAGCAUAAUCAUGAAGGUUUACUGGGACAUAUUUUUUUGUCUUGAGAAAUUCUCAGAAAUGUGUUCAGAUGUGUGUCUUGUCAGUGUGUUUGUUUUUCCUGGCAGUCUGCGUGAACUGCGACAGUGCCUCUCCCAGGAUCUCUGCAUUCCUGCUAGCGACUUGUGACACAAAAAUCUUGUGUGUGGUCAGGUUAAGAUUUAUGUCUGUGCGAGUAAUUAGGGCUUGUGUAUGUGAUCAUGGAGUGUUGUUAUCCAUGCGUUUGUCUUGUCCACUGACUCCAAUGCCUUUCCCCGAGUUCUUCGUAAAUCAGUGCCAACUUGUUUGAACUUUGACCCUGACCUUUAACAUGACUGCUCCAUGAAGUUCUUGUACUUUUGCUCGGGGGAGGCUCAGUGUGUUUCUGUGAUAGCGCUUUUGUUUGUUUAUGAUGCUCAUCAUUGUGUAAAGCGCUCAUGUUCGUAUUUCGCGCUAUCGAUUGUUUCUCUCAUUCCAGAUAUGUGUGGGGGAUCACUGCACAAUAAACUCAUUCAAAACUCAA